UCGAGGCUGUGCUGAGAAGCCGCGGGUCCGGGGGACUGAGGGAGUGAGCCGUGCGCGCCCGGAGGCCCCGGGCCGUCGGGCGCGCGUCUUGUCUCCAGCCAUGGGUUCGGCAGCGCUGGAAAUCCUCGGCCUCGUGCUGUGCCUGGUGGGCUGGGUAGGCCUGAUCCUGGCGUGCGGGCUGCCCAUGUGGCAGGUAACCGCCUUCCUGGACCACAACAUCGUGACGGCGCAGACCACUUGGAAGGGGCUGUGGAUGUCCUGCGUGGUGCAGAGCACGGGGCAUAUGCAGUGCAAGGUGUACGACUCGGUGCUGGCGCUGAGCACCGAAGUGCAGGCAGCGCGGGCCCUCACCGUCGGCGCAGUGCUGCUGGCGCUCGUUGCGCUCUUCGUUACCUUGGCAGGUGCGCAGUGCACCACCUGCGUGGCCCCCGGCCCGGGCAAGGCACGCGUAGCUCUCACCGGCGGCGCGCUCUACGCGCUCUGCGGGCUGCUGGCGCUCGUGCCACUCUGCUGGUUCGCCAACAUCGUGGUCCGCGAGUUCUACGACCCGACUGUGCCCAUGUCGCAGAAGUACGAGCUGGGCGCCGCCCUCUACAUCGGCUGGGCCGCCUCGGCGCUGCUCAUGUGUGGAGGCGGCCUCGUGUGCUGUGGUGCCUGGCUCUGUGCCGGCCGCCCCGACCUCGGCUUCCCUGUCAAGUAUUCGGCCCCGCGGCGGCCCACGGCCACCGGCGACUACGACAAGAAGAACUACGUCUGAGGGUGUCGGGCACAACAGGGCCGCGAGCUGGACUAGCCAGAGGAACUCCGCUUUGGAGGGCGGCCUUCGCUGGAGUGCGCGGCGCACUGGCUCCGCAGAACUCCCAGCUCUGUGCCCAGACCAGACUUUGCCCGCA